AUGGCUUGCAACAUAUUGGUAAUAAACGACAUUUCCUGGGGAGCUCAUCCUAAAAUGCUGGAACAAACUGAAAAAGCAUUUCUGACGGAAACCUGUGUUGGUGUGUGGGGAGAACCCAAGUUCCUAAUUUACGGCAGGACUCGGUUUGGUUUGGUGCCAGCUUCUCCCUUCCUAGCCACGAGCCCCGGAGCUAUUAAAGAGAUGUGCCUGGAGGUGAGGGCGCAGUCUCCCCGCCCGCUCCCCACGUCCAUCUGGCCGCCCAUCGGCCCGGCUCCCGGUGACCGCCCCCUCCGCUCGGCAGGGCCGGCCGGGCAGGNCGGGGCGACCAGGCGGGCUCAGCUGUUCACCGCUGCCUGCCCUUCCUCCUGCUCCUCUCCUCCUCCUCGUCCUGCUCCUGGCCUCCCCCUCGGCUGCCCAGCCGUGCUGCUGCGAGCCCCGGAAGCUGCCCAGUUCCUGCGGCAGAGGCAGCGGCGAGCCUUCCAGAUCUUCGAGGAGACCAAGCAAGGACACCUGGAGAGGGAGUGCGUGGAGGAGCACUGCAGCAAGGAGGAGGCCCGGGAGGUGUUUGAGAAUGAGCCAGAGACGGAAUAUUUUUACCCGAAAUACUUAGCUUGUAUUAAGAAAUAUGGGUCACCGUAUACAAGAAAUCCAGAUUUCCUUACGUGUGUUCAUAAUUUGCCAAACCAGUGUUCUCCCAAUCCUUGUCACGAAGAAGGGACCGUCAAAUGCGAGGAUCUCAAGGGGGAUUUCUACUGUGAAUGCAAGCAUGGCUGGCAGGGGAAAAAAUGUGAAAAAGAUAUUGAUGAAUGCAGAACACAGAAUGGUGGCUGUAACCAGCUCUGCCUCAACAAGCUAGGCAGCUACCGGUGCUCCUGCUACAGUGGUUAUGCUCUUAAAGACAGCAAAAUAUGUGAAGACAUAGAUGAAUGCACAGCAUCAGCAGACAUCUGUGGAGAAGCUCAUUGUAAAAAUUUAAUAAGCUCGUAUGAAUGUCUUUGUGAUGCAGGCUACAAGUACGAUGAUGUGAGAAAAACUUGUCAGGAUAUAGAUGAAUGCGAAGAAAAGCUCUGUGAGCAGACCUGUGUCAACUCACCAGGGAGUUACACCUGUCAUUGUGAUGGCAGAGGGGGAGUGAAACUUUCCCAGGACAUGAAUACAUGUGAGAACAUCAUACCAUGUGUGCCUUUUGCUGUUGGAAGGAGUGUUAAAUCCUUGCACCUGGGGAGGAUGUUCAGCGGCACUCCUGUUAUCAGGCUGCGCUUCAAAAGGAAACAACUGACGAGACUUGUGGCUGAGUUCGACUUUAGAACCUUUGAUCCUGAAGGUAUCCUUUUCUUUGCUGGAGGCCAUCAAGACAGCACAUGGAUAGUGUUGGCUUUGCGCAAAGGACGGCUCGAGCUGCAGCUGAAAUACAAUGGAAUCGGCCGCGUGACCAGCACCGGACCGCUCAUCAGCCAUGGCAUGUGGCAAACGAUCUCUGUUGAGGAACUGGAAAGAAAUUUGAUUAUAAAGGUCAACAGGGAUGCAGUUAUGAAAAUAGCUGUCUCAGGGGACCUGUUUACACUAGACAAGGGAGUGUAUCAGCUGAAUUUGACAGUAGGAGGCAUUCCUUUCAAAACAAAGGACCUUAUUCUACCAAUAAACCCUCGUCUGGAUGGUUGCAUGCGAGCGUGGAACUGGCUGAAUGGGGAGGACACCUCUAUCCAAGAGACCAUAAAGAUGAACGAAAAGAUGCAGUGCUUUGCUGUAGCAGGACGAGGGUCUUUCUAUCCUGGCCGAGGUUUUGCUGUGUUUAAUCUUACUUACAUACAACCUUCUUCUGGAAAUGAAACCAAGACAAAUUGGGAAAUUGAAGUAAAUGCUGUAAUUCAGCCAGCAACAGACACUGGUGUGCUGUUUGCCCUGGUUACAGAAGAAGCAUCUGUCCCUUUAUCACUAUCUCUGAUUGACUAUCACUCCACAAAGAAACUGAAACAACAGUUUAUCAUUGUGGCCUUGGAGAAUACAGUUGUGUCCAGACUGGCAAUAAAUCUCUGUGAUAAGAAGGAACACUCUGUAGACAUCCUCCUCCAGAAAGAUCACUUAUCCCUGAGGGUAGAUGGGGUAGCAGGAGAGAGUGAACUAAGCAGCUCUGAACUGGAAGAUAGUCUGUCUGUCUUGGAGAGCUCUUUGCAGUCAACGAAGACAUACGUGGGAGGAUUGCCAGAUGUUCCUGUCACUUCCACCCCAGUCACCGCGUCCUACCACGGCUGCAUGACCCUCAAGCUGAGCAACACGGCACUGGACUUAGAUGAGGCUCUCUACAAGCACAGUGAUAUCACCUCACAUUCCUGUCCUCCAGUCCAGGAGGGUCAGUAGGUACCCCUGCAAUGCGAAAGUUUUAUACUCAGAAACUUUCAGUGCUUUUCUUUUUUUAAAAGAUAUAAAUUAUUCAGAUCUACCGCACUGCGUGUAUAGUUUCUCUUAAACACUGAAGUUAUGUAGAAGCUACUGAUCCUUAUGUCAGAUUGAUUAUUGAAAUACUCUUUGCUUUGAGGUUUAAAGGUUGUAAUAUAUUUGUAAAUAGUUCAGAAGACUAAUAUUAAAUAAGUCAAAAGUACAGAAUAUACUGAAAGUGAAUGCUAUCUUUAGACUGUAAGAGACAGUUUCAUCUGUAAUGUGGGAAACCUAUAUGAGUGUGGACUGGAAGAAAAAUAAUAAUUCUGUAUUAUUUUUUAUUACCAAACACUGCUUUCUGAUUUGCAAAACAUGAGAGAAUAAAAUAUUUACAUACAAGUUUUUAA